AUGUGCGACAACCACGAGUCUGGGGCUACUGGCCACUUCGUCCCCGCCUAUAUCCAUAAGCACAUUGCUGAGUCCGCCGCUGCUCCGGAUAAAGCCCGGCAGGCUGCUCUGCGCACCCUCUCCGUCGACCAGGACUUUCGUGGGCAGCGUGUGACAGCCUCUGAGACCGCUGCAGCACCCUGUGCUGCAGACGAACCUGGAGUAUUGGCAGCCCAAGUCCCCAUUAGCAAAGAGGCAGGCGAUGAGGCUCGAGAAAGUGCAAGGGCAACAUUGAAAACAGAUGCUAAGAUACGCGAACAGAGAGCUGCUCUUAUUGGUCCUGCGGCGACAGACGAGCCCCAUGAUCAUUUAGCUGCUCCUUUCCAACUGAAGCGCCUUAUUUACGAUGCAAAGGGUAGCGGCAAUCUUCGCGGCACUCUUGCUCGCGCAGAAGGUGCUGGGCGAAAUACUGACAGACAGGUCAACAAUGUCUAUGAUGCUAUUGGCAUCACGGCCAUGUUCUUCUAUACGGUGUUUGGCCGCAACUCCGUCGACGACAAGGGCGGCAAUAUAGUUGCUACUGUCCACUUCGACAGCAAACCCGAUGACCAACUUGGCUACAACAACGCCUUCUUUUUCGGCACCGAGUUUGCUUUCGGCGAUGGCGAUGGCAUCAUCUUCGACUAUUUCACCGAUGCACUUGAUGUCGUGGCGCACGAACUGACUCACGCCGUCACCAAAUAUACAUCUGGGUUCACUUACAAAUUUCAGACUGGAGGCCUGAACGAGUCCAUCUCCGAUGUCUUUGCCGCGUUGGUCGAGCAAUGGCACUUCAACCAGACUGCGGCUGAGGCCGAUUGGCUAAAUGGCCAGAGUCUGUUCCCCGUUGCCAUCAGGGGCCCGGCUCUCCGAGACAUGGCCAACCCGGGAACUGCAUACGAUGAUUCUAUCCUCGGGCGGGACCCCCAGAUUUCUCAUUUCAGUCAGUAUAACGAUGACCUGAGUGUCCACGUAACCUCGGGCAUUCCCAACCGGGCGUUCUACCUAGCUGCCAUUGGCUUCGGUGGCUAUGCAUAUGAUAAGGCUGGAAAAAUCUGGUAUGCCACUUUGACCGACAGCCGCAUCGAGGCAAUUGCCAAAACUGCCACUUUCAAACAGUGGGCAGACGUGACGGUUGAUCAGGCGAACAAGUUGUUCGGUACUGGUGCAACAGUCAUUGUCCGCAAUGCUUGGAUCGCUGUUGGUGUUCUCGUCUGA